CCGCCAUGGCCACAGAGAUCUACGUCGCUGCCUGCCGCUGCGCCAUGCUGUUGCCGUCGGGUUGCGGCACCGAGUCCGAGCAGGUGCGGGCCGAUCUCAGCCGGUUGGUGCCUUUCCUGCGCCAGUGGCUUUCCUGCGCCGUGUGCGGUAACCUCCUGAGAAAUCCAGUUGGUCCAAAAAAGUCAGUAUGCCAGCAUUUUGUUUGUAAAAGAUGUACAGGGCAGAAAAUGCAAAUGAAACCUUUCUGCAGUUGGUGCAAAGACCAUGGAACAUUUGUGGAAAAUGAACAACUUCGUAUUCUUCUCACUUGUUAUAAGAAACUUUGUGACUAUAUAGCUAGUUGUGCCAUAAUGGAGGAUUUUUCAGAAAACAACACCUUACCAGUUAACUUGAAUAUUUUGUUAGAAGAAGGCAUGAUGCUGGUGCAGGAUGAAAUCGAGUCCAGUGUGUUAUGUUGCACAGAAAAGGCUAUGAAAAUAAUAAGUAAACUGACUCCACUCCAGGUGGUGCAAGUGCAGGUGGUGCAAAAAUCUAUCAUUUCAAAUCAACCAAACGACAUUGUCAAUGUCAGUGUAAAAGACAGGAAAAAAGCUGUUAAUGUCUUUACUAGAAAGAUUUGCAAACAAAGCUUGUUACAGAACGACGGCAGCUGUAAUGUUGAAGAUAAUGAGGAUGAAAGCAUAAUUCAAGCAUCCACUGAACAGAUUCCUACAUCAUCCAUGCUGCAAUAUGACAAAAGUUCACCUAACUUAAAGAAACCCACAGAUAAUAGACAUUGUAUUGUCACUGAAAGAUUGAAAAAUAUGGUUAAAAGUUACAAUGCUAAAUAUAAAACAGUAAAGAGGUUAGGAAUUCAAGAAUAUGCUAGUUCAGUGAAAUCUGUGUAUAAAAAGCCAAGAGGGAAACCUGGGUGUAAAUGUGGUCGUGCAGCAUGUGCCCCAAGUGUUUUGACUUGCAGGGGUCAGAGGUGCCCUUGUUAUGCAAAUCGUAGGGCUUGUUUAGAUUGUAUCUGCUGUGGCUGUAACAAUUCCUACAUGGAAAACGGUCGGAAAAAAUUGGAAUCCUUUGCUGUUCCAGAAAUAGCUCAUAAGCAGAGCAAAUUACUAAAGAGUGUUGAUAAUUCAAGUUCAAUAGGUCAUACAAAACAGAUGUAA